AUGAAUAACCGAGAGCCACCGCGAACGACUGAUACCAUCAUAGAGGAGCAGCCUAAUUCGCCGCAGCUUCCCCAGCUUGGAGACGAUGAAGAUGUCAUCGCAAGUAAACACGGAGACGUGGUUCCAGGUAAGCGCGAAGAUCACGAAGAGAAAGAGGAUAAGAGCGGCACUGCCACUCAGGACAAGGGCAAGGGCAGGGCUACUGCUGAGGAACAGCUCGUUCCUUUGGGUGAGGAUAUGCAAUUUGAGGUGGAUAUGCAGCGGAUUCACGAAGAGGAGGAGUUACAAGCAGCUAUGGAAGAAUCACGUCGAGAAACGCUUGAUGAUGAGCUGCAUGGCCAGUCGUCCAGCUUGCAAGCGCCUAGGUUCGAAGAGGAGAUGCGCCAGCCUGGAGAGAGACAACUUUCUGGGGGUGGAAUGGCGGUUGAGAGUUCACACGAGGGAAGCCAAGCCAUUCCUGCCUCUCAGCGACAGCGCACUCCACAACCAUUUCCCUCUCAGCGGCAUCGAACUCCGCUGCCCUCUUCUUUGCAGCCUCAAGGUCCUCCACUCCCAUUGAAUCAAGAUAUGCUGAAAGCUCUUGGCGGCAAGCAAUUGAAGGUCCGCGUAUAUCAAGGCAACAGCCACGACGACCGCAAGAUACAGGCUCUCAUAGAUGCAGCCCCGGCCACUGCAACGAAGCUCAUGGAGUAUAUCAACAAGGCUCAUGAACGUAACCCUGAGCUUUCCAUCAAGUGGCUUGGAGGUACAGUCGGACAGAAGAGCUGCCAUGCCAACUACUCCGUGGAUCGCGGUACAACCAACAAGAGAGUAUCGAGAUUCAAGGCUGGCUAUCAAUGCCAGAUGUGUGCUACCAAAAAACGGACUUGUGCCAACUUGACAGGCGAACAUCUUGUCAUCCUUCCGGUCAUCGACAAGUACCGCGCUGGAAAGGCCUGGACCGACAUUGAGUAUUGGAUUCCGGCGGCGAAGGAAGAGAUUGGUGGAAAGAAAAAUCCGCCCUCGAAGAAGGCGGCGGCAAAGAAGUGGACGAAAAGGUAA